AUGGUUCUCGCUAGAAUAGCACAGAGAUCAGCGCAGACCACCUGUACUAGGGCUGCCAGCAAAAAAUGGGGAAAGUUCAACUGGGAAGACCCCUUCGAUUUAGAGUCUCGGCUCAGCGAAGAUGAAAAAAUGUUCCGCGACUCCUUCAAGCGAUAUUGCGAUGAGAAACUCAUGACCCGAAUCGUCCAGGACAACAGAAACAACAACUUCGAUCGGGAUAUCAUGUACGAACUCGGCGAGCUUGGCGCUCUUGGCCCUACUUGUCCCGCAGAAUACGGCUGCGCUGAGGUCAACUACGUCACUUAUGGACUUCUUGCUCGGGAGAUUGAGCGAGUCGACUCUGCUUACAGAUCCGCCCUUUCUGUCCAGUCUUCCUUGGUGAUGUGGCCCAUCUGCGCCUACGGAACAGAAGAGCAAAAGCGAAAAUACGUCCCCGACCUGGCAAGUGGCGCGAAAGUCGGUUGCUUCGGUCUCACGGAGCCGAACCACGGCUCGAACCCCAACGGCAUGGAAACUAUUGCCAAGUACGACAAGGCUACGGAUACUUACAUUCUCAACGGUGGCAAGACCUGGAUCACUAACAGCCCAAUCGCUGAUACACUCGUCGUUUGGGCUCGAUCCGAAGCUCACGACAUGAAAAUCAAAGGUUUCAUCCUAGAGCGACAAUGGGAAGGAAUCGAAACUCCAACCAUUCCUGGCAAGUACUCCCUCCGAGCUUCGGAGACUGGCUCCAUCUUCAUGGACAAUGUCAAGGUCCCCGGAGAGAACUGUUUGCCACAUGUCGAAGGAUUGAGCGGUCCAUUUGGAUGCUUGAAUAAUGCCCGAUAUGGAAUCGGAUGGGGUGCAAUGGGAGCUGCUGAAGCUUGCUUUCAUGCUGCUAGAAACUACACUCUUGAGCGAAUUCAAUUCGGAAAGCCCCUUGCUCGACAACAGCUGAUGCAGUACAAAAUGGGCGAUAUGCUCUCCGAAAUCGCUUACGGCCUCGAAGCUGCCUUGACCCUCGGCCGCCGAAUGGACGCUGGUACUGCCUCGUCAUCUGAAAUUUCGAUUCUGAAGAGAAAGAACUGUCAGACCGCGCUCGACAUCUCCAGGACAGCUCGAGAUAUGCUUGGCGGCAACGGUGUUCAAGACGAGUAUCAUAUUGUGCGACACAUGGUCAACUUGGAAGCAGUUAACACGUACGAGGGCACGCACGACAUCCACACGCUGAUCCUUGGCCGAGAAAUUACUGGAAUGCAGGCCUUUGUAAACAAAGACAACUAA